CCGCCCGGGCGCUGUGGGUGCGGGCGCGCGCGCGCGUGUGUGUGAGUGUGCGCGCGCGCGCGCGUGCUCCCUCAGGGCGGGAGGGGGAGGGGAAAGCCCCAGGCCGCGCGCUGCCCCUCCCUUCAGGGGGCGUCCGCAUCCCCCCGGCCCCCAGGGGGAGCGCGCCCUCGCCGCCUCGCGCCGUCCUAGGGCGGCGUGUGUGCGGCCGCCGCCCCCGAGGGAGCCCGCCCUGCCGCUGGCGGUCCGAACGCCCCAGCCCGCUCCCUGCGGCGCGGCCAGCCCUCGGGCGCUUCCCCGUCCCCGCGAGGGCGAGCGGGCCUGGCCCCUGACCGCAUGCCCGGCGCGCGGGAGGCGCCGCGGCGGCGGAGCGAGCCCUCCCACGCAGGCGCGGCCUCGCUCCGACGGGUCUGCGGGCCCCCGGCAACUUUUUUCCCGCUCCCUUGCCCUGGGCCGUCCUGGCAAGAUGGCCGCCUCCACCUGCCCGCGACACCCUUGAGCCGAGUUGAGGGCCCCCGAGAGGCGGCCGAACGGGCGCUCUCGGGCGUCAGCGGACGCCACGGGGCUCGCGGUCCCAGCUUCCGUGAGGCGCCUCAGGAGCGUCCAGCGAUGUGUCCUGGGGUUCAGCCUAAAGGCCUGUUAUGUCACUUCCUUAAGGAAGACGUGGAAGCCAGUCACGGAGGAGGAGGAGGUGAAGAACGCGUGCCUACCGCGGGUGAGGGGUGCUUCCAUCCCCACACACACCCCUCCCCCGGGGCAUUUCCUUCGUCUGCACCAGCGGAUUCUGGGCUCGGGAUACCUUCACGGCCACGCGCAGGAGCCCCACCACUUGGAUACCCUGUCAGCCUCAAGGGCGUGCUCUGUAUAUCGCCGCACCGUGCGAGCCACAGACCUGCGUUCAAGUUUGGUUCUUUUCUGGCUCACUUCCCAUUUUGUGGAAAACCAAGAAAAGAGCCGAAAAGAACACUCACAGCAGCAUGCCUACAGAAACGUAUUUUUGAAUUGGAUGCAAAUUUGAAUGAGAAGAUGUGUCCGGUGGAUUUCGUUAAGAAAAAAAAGGAAGACUACAACGAAUUCCUGAGAGACACGGCAUAUUCAUUUCUUUGUGUCAUCCACUUUUCAGUUAAUUAAUACAGGGAAAUUUAUAAAUGACCGGAUUUCUCGUUCAAAAAGUAUUAUUAGAGUAUUCCUUCGGUGUUAUUUCAGAAUGGUUUGGGAGGCGUCGCGUCCUCCAGUACCAUUAACGUCUCCGUCUUCGUUCUUCCCAGACUAUGUUGCUCCCAAAUGAGUUCUGAAUUUCACGUUGACUCUGUCACACCCAUCCUGAGGGAAAUCUUCUGUGCUGCCUUUUGUCACCACAUGGGGUCCCCGUAAAUCCUGAUCUGGAUUAAACAGAAGAAUUCACCGGAGUCAACAUUUAAGUCCCCUCUCACCUUGAGGGGGAAACGAAUCCAGUUGCUAGAAUGAUUUAGAAAACAAUUUAGACAUUUAAACACUCAUACAGUAAAAAACGAAACAAAAACAAAAAUGAGAAAGCACUUUUCUAUGGAGGAAAUUUUUGUGAAAUUGGGAUACAUGGGGGAAAGGAAUAAGAAAGGAGAACUGAUGAAAAAUAGGUAAAUGUGAAAAAAACAGCAGUGGCAUGGAUUGAAUUCAUGAAACUUACAGAAUAAUUCUGUGGAUUUAACUGCUUUCAUGUUACUGUUUCCCUUUGUUGCAAAAUGUGUUCAUGUUAACUACAUACUUUUCCUCAUAAUAUUUUUGUAUUGGAAAUGUAAAUAUGGAACCAUAACAUCAUGGAGGUGAAGACUGAAAUAAAAUUUGUUUCAUGCCUCCUAGGUUCCCAGCUAUUUGGUAGAGUUAAAACCACAGCGUAAUUCUAGAUGGUUGCUGUUUCAUUUGUGUUCAGGUGAGGACUUUGGUCUUCAGCCAGGUCUGUUUACUUGGCACGGUUGAAAUCAGAACCCGAGUUCUCUGACCUCAUACCUCAACUGGUUCUCCUGCUCCCACCCUGUAUAGUCUCUGGAGUUCCCAGGAUCAAGGAAUCUGUACUUCAUCAAGAACGGUCACCCUCACACAGGAGAUGUUCCCCUCUCUCUGCACACACUGUUUACGACACCUAAAGGGAGCGGGGGAACCUGGAUCGGCAGUACCCGUGCCCGAUUACCAGAGCCGGACCAGCUUCUGUGGCUAGCUUAAACUUUGGGAUGAUUCUCUAAGGCAGUGGUUUAUCAGAGUGUGGUCCCUGGACCAGCAGCAUCAGAAACCCCAGGGUUAUAGUUAGAAAUACACAUUUUAGGCCCCACCUCAGUGCAGCAUCAGAAACUCCGGGGCUGGAGGCCGUACACCUGAAGUCUGAUAAGCCCCCAAGUGGUUUUGAUACUCGCUGAAGCUGGAGAAUCCCCGCUCUCUAGAGCUUCUCCGUGGUUCCAUCGGAGCCGCCUAAGUUUGGAGAUUCAGGCGGCAAUGAAGGAUGGGCUGCCGAGCUGACUUGGCUUCUCGCUCCCCGCGUUGGACACGUGUGCGUCGCUGACAACCUCUAGGGGGCGCCAGAAUGUUUCCUUGGGCAGCCCCCGCAGAGGCAGCGGUGACUGAGGCUCAUUUUCCAAAGAAAUGGCCCUGAGAGAUGGGAAGGGCUUCCAUCGCAGCAAGCCGUCCAAAUUUUUAUGUCUCAGGCAGGUACCAACUUCAUCACACAAGGUUUUUCCAGUGUAAUAUGACAUGUACGAGAAUAAAAAUGCCUAGUUUCCAUGAUUAUCGUGAAGAUUAAGAUCGUAUCUCUCAAACGAGCAUAGAGGUAUUGUGCUGUUAUUUAUUUAUUAAAAAAAGGCAGUGUAAUUAUUUUCAUCAUUACUCCUGCUAAGCGGUGAACAUUUCUAAAAUAUUUGUAUUGUGAGAAUGGAUUGGAUAUUUCUAUUAACUAUUACAAUGACCAAGUAGCUCCUUGUGCUGAGCCCUGGGAAACCCUGGGAAAGGUGUUUUAAGAGUAGAGGAAAGAUGAACAAAAGGCGAAAGACGAAUACGAUUAGUUUCAUGACAAUUAUGUCCCAUAGUGCUCUUUUGAAGAGGUAGCGUUGGUUUUCCACUGACAUAAUAGAACAGCCUGUUGGUGGUUUAGCGAAAUUAAGGUGAAAGGCCUGAAAUUUGGAUAUGCUGCUGAGUGGGGACGCUUGGGAAGGUUUGGGUAUGUCACUGAGAUUUCCUGGCCUUGGCUUUUCUCAAGUAUAUGACGUAGGGAUUAGACCAGUUGAAUUACAGAUCCUUCCCAGUUCUCAGUAAUAAUGUAACCAUACAUGUAUUAAAUAAUAUCUGGUUCCAAACCCUGGGCUCCUCAUCUUGUAUAUCUCAGCUCCUUUAAUUCUCAGGACAGGCCUCUGAGUUAGAGGCUAUUUGUAUCUCCCAUAGAUCAUGAAGAAAACUGGGGCUUGCGGGUAUUCAUUCAAUGGUCAUGUUCAUGCAGCUAGUAACUGGCAAAGUAGGAAUCAGUAUUCUAGUCUGACACCAAAUCCCAUUUUAUGAACAUCAAAUAAACUGUUUCUCAGAUUCUGUGAUUUGAAUGCUUUGUGCAGUGAUUCUCUCUUUCAAUUAAGACAAAAGUGUAUUCAGGGAGGUGAAGGUGGAGUAAAGGGAUAUUUGAACAUUAAGUAUGGAAGAUACUUAGGCAAGAACAACCACAAAAUAAAAGGUAAAAGAAGUAGUUAAUACUCAACGAUGCAGGUUAAAAAACACAUUAACAUUUAAAAGCCCAAGAGA